CUGUCUCUCUCUCUCUCUCUCUUUCUCUCUCUCUCUGAGUAGGAAGAGUCUGGCAGAGGAUUUAGGAGUCUCGCCCACCCUCUGAUCGAUCCCAGUCUCCACACAGCCGUGUUGUACGCACACACACACACACACACACACACCACACACACCACACACACACACUCGGCCACAUUGCAGUGUGUGAAAAUGCUCUGGUGUGGAUUGUGCUUGGCCCUGUGGCUCAGCAGCGUGCCGCUUUGGGCUCUUCCCUCCACCAGCAUGAAGAUCACUCAGGCUCUGCCUCUGCAGCUUCCUGACUCGAGUCAGCCCGCCGUCUGUCCGCUCUUCUGGACCGAGUUCGAUGGCUACUGCUACCGUUUCUUUCCCCUGAACCGCACGUGGGCCGAAGCCGACCUGUACUGCGCCGAGUUCUCUAACGGUCACCGGUCAGGAAAACUCGCCUCCAUACACAGCUGGGAGGAGAACGUGUUCGUGUAUGAUCUGGUGAACAGCCGCGUGCCGGGAAUCCCGACGGAUAUCUGGAUCGGCCUGCACGACCGGAGACAGGAGGGCACCAUGGAGUGGACAGACGGAUCACCGUAUGAGUAUAACUACUGGGACGGAAACCAGCCGGACGAUGGAAUCCACCGUAUCUCUGAGGAGGAGGACUGUGUGGAGGUCUGGUACAGACAGAACAGCGCACUCAGGUCCUGGAAUGACAACAGCUGUGACAAAGCUUUUCCUUUUGUGUGUAAAAUCCCCAUGCUGGAGCACUAACGUCCUGCACUGAGCUCAUUACUGAGACACGGCCCUCACACACACACACGCACACGCACAACACUGCUGCUGAGAGCAACGUCCAUCUGGGCUUCAUUUAAACUAGUGACUCAUCUCAUCACACUCACAGACACACACACACACACACACACACACACACACAGUGGCUUGCAUAAGUAUUCACCCCCUUGACCGUUUCCCUGGUUGUGUAGUGUUAUAAUCUGGCCCUGAAAUUAAUUUAAUCAAGAUUUUUUCAAGUCAUGAAUCUACACAAAAAAACCCAUAAUAUUAAAUCAGUAUAAACUGUGAAACUUAUUUACAAAAAAAACCAAUAAAAUUUGCACGACUGCACAAGUAUUCACCCCCUUUACUGUGAAACUCCUAAAUUAGUUCUAGAGUAACCAGUUACCUCCAGAAGUCAUAUAAUUAGUUAAAUGGAGUCGACCUGUGUGCCGUUAAAGUGUCACAUGCUCUGCUCUCAGUAUAAAUAAACCUGCUUCUGUUCCUGGAAUGGAAUCCAGAGUUUGUUAGGGAACAUAUCUAAACAAACGGCAUCAUGAAGAGCAAGGGGAGAUCAAAACAAGUCCGGGACAAAGUUCUGGAAAAGUAUCAAUGAGGGUUUGGUUAUGAAACUUGGAACAUCUCACUUAAAUCACACUUAAUCCCUUAUUUAAAAAAAAAAAGUUAAGAAUACAGCACAACUAUGGCUCUUGGGAUUAGUAAGAGCAGCAACCAAUAG